AUGUCUUAUGACCCUUUCUUCAUCAGCGCAAGGCCUGGAGAGGAUCUUGAGGCUAGCAGUUUCUUGGAGGAAGGCAGCGGUGGGGGUGACGACAGUAGUGUCCUGGGAGGGGACAGCCCGGUCACAGGGCCGCUGGGUGCCGUGCUGCUGGCCAUGUGCCUCACUGGGAUGGUGGGGAACAUCUACACGGUGGUAGUGGCCUCCGGCAGGGUGGCGGGCUACUCAGCGGGCUCCUUGGGGGUCUACGUGAUCAACCUUGCCCUGGCUGACCUCCUGUACCUCUCCACCAUCCCCUUCGUGGUCUGCACCUACUUCGCCCAUGACUGGUUCUUCGGCGACGUGGGCUGCAGGCUUUUGCUCAGCCUGGACCUCCUCACCAUGCAUGCCAGCAUCUUCCUCCUGACGGCCAUGAGCCUGGAGAGGUACUGGGCAGUGGCCAGGCCAUUGCGGGCCAGGCGGGCCACCAACGCUUACCGCAAGCUGGCCAGCGCCGUCCUCUGGCUCCUCUCGCUCCUGCUAACGGCCCCCAUGAUGGUGAUGACCCAGCUGCGGGAGGAGGAUGGCCCCCACAAGCGUCUCUGCAUCCCCACCUGGACGCCGGCGGCCUUCCGGGUCUAUCUGACGGUGCUUUUCACCACCAGCAUCCUGGCACCCGGCGUGGUGCUGGGGGUCGUCUACACCCGCUUGGCCCAAGCGUACCGGUCCUCCGCUUGGGGUCUGGGGCUGCCGGCGGCCGGCCGGGCCCCCACCCGGCGGCUUUUCUCCAGGAUCUCCGCCAUCGUGGUGGCCUAUUGGGCUUGCUUCCUCCCCUUCUGGGCCUGGCAGCUGGCCGGGCUGUACCGGGGCGAGGGGCUGGGCAUCGGACCCCCUGCCCAAGCUUACCUCAACUUUGGCGUUACCUGCCUGGCCUACGGCAAUAGCUGCGUCAACCCCUUCCUCUACACCUUGCUUGCCGGUACCUACCGCCGGCGCCCCAACCACAGCAGGAUGGGCACGGCACGGCCCCCGGCAUCCUCCCGGCAGGCUGUGGGUGGCCCGGUGGGAGACCACAGCUUCUCUCCGGCUUCUGGGGAGUUGUUGGGGUCUGUGGGAAAAAGUGAGGGGUGA